AUGUACUACCCCACAGACGCCCACUCCCGGCGCACAUUUAGAACGAAAGAGGGAAAGGCCGUGACACCUCACCAAUGGGCCGUGUACGACUUCACACGUACCAUCCCCUGCGGUCGAGUAACAACCUACAAGGACAUGUGUACUGCCCUGGGCGAAGGCUCGCCUCGUUCUGUGGGCACAGCCCUUCGAAGAAACCCCUUUGCCCCCUUCGUACCCUGCCAUCGCAUCGUCGCGUCAGACGGCUCCGUUGGCGGCUUUCGUGGCUCAUGGGGCGUUGGCAAGCAAAAACGCGACACGAAGGCUCCAACAAAGCUCCUCGACGCGAAAGGGGAGACGAUUGACAACUGCAAAGACAAAGUCAGCAUGCUGAUGCGGGAGGGCGUGAACUUCACGCCCCAUGGACGGUUGAGUGACAUGAACGUUAUCUGGCGAGGUUGA